UUUAUUUUUAAAGUGACUUCCGCUAUUGGACUGAUGAUGAUUUAAGCGCGGUGUGUGGCUUGUUUAAAGACAUUCGCCUGUUGUUCGUCCGGCAGACGCGUUCAUUCCACAGACACCAUGGUUAGAAAUGUGCUAAAUUUGGAUCAGUUCAAAAAAGAACUGAAGGAUGCCGGGGACAAACUGGUGGUGGUGGAGUUCAAGGCCAAGUGGAGCGGCUCCUGUAAACUGAUCGGCCCCUAUUAUGACCAACUGUCAGAGAGCGCCGAGUUCAGUGACGUGGUUUUCCUGCAGGUGGACAUCGACGAAGCUGCUAGAGAUGUCGCUCAAUCCUGCGAAAUAUCAGCCAUGCCCACAUUCCAAUUUUACAAGAACGGAAAUAUGUUAGACAAGUUCUUUGGUCCCAGUGAUGACGAGCUGCUCGAAUUUCUGCGGAGGUUGAAGUAAAAAUCCAGGAGACCAAAUGGACACACACGACCUUGUCAUAUAAGCUCCACAGGAACCGCUGUUUGCCACAGAAAUUCUGGUUGUAGUCCGCUCAGAUCCAGAUCCAUGUGUGCCAUUUUACUCUAACCGGAUGUGAUUUAGCACUUUUUCUAAAUUAUGCACCAUGAAUUGGCAUUUUGUUGAGUUGAUAGAAUGAAGAUGAGCUACAUGAGCGUUUGUCAUAUAAUUUGUGUAUUUCGACACCGUCUCAGCUCGUUGAGCACAACAUGACCCAAUUUUGACACGCACUGUUUUUUUUGUGCAUUAAUAAAAUUGUGAGAAUAGUUUACCCAUA